ACAAGGAGCAGGACUGACUUGAGGAGCAGGCUGCUUUACUACACUAAACAACAGUACCGUAAUCUCCUCUGAGGAAUUUAAAAGCGUUUGAACACGUCACCUGAUAAGACUUAAGGAUUUCAGUUUGUUAAUAAUUGUGUGUUUUUGUUUUGUUUUGUUUUUUGUUUUACAUUUUUUCACAAAGACAUGGUUCUGUGGAUAAUCCUCCCCAUCACUCUGGCCUUCGUAUCUUUCCUGGGGACGUGGUCGGUAUAUGGCAUAGCUUACUGGAAUGGCCAUGUGUGCUCCCUCAGUGACUGGACCGGUGAAAAUUUCUGCUCAGGAAACAACUCUGUUAACUGUUGUUUCGCCCCCACUAUAAGUUCAAGUGGAACAUAUGCACCGGAAAACUCACUCUUCACAGCGACAAUCAACGCUGGCUCAUUUUUAUUCCUGCUCUUCUGUCUGCUCCAUCACGCUCAUGUGAUGGAGAAACAUGGAGGUUUCUCUAUGAUGAGUCGGAUGGCGCUUGUCCUGGGGCUGGUGGCUUCAGCUGGAGCCUUCAUUGCCGGGAACUGUAAUCCGGAUUACCUGGCUCUACUCCACUACCUGGGUGCGGCGUUGAGCUUUGUGUGUAUCUGCUUCUACACCGUCUUCCUCACGGCCCUCACCAAGAGAUGCCAGCUCUCUGGGUUUGAGUCCUACCUGUACCCAUACCGUAUUGUGGCCUCCGUUAUUCAGGCCAUUGUCACCAUCUGCUACACCAUUUUGUUUGCGCAGGAGGAGUACUUUUACCUUCACGUGUCGGCCAUCUUUGAGUGGAUGCUUGGCCUAAACCUACAACUGUUUGAGCUCUCCUACGCUGUGGAGUUCUAUUAUUUCUCCUCGUACAUGAUCUCCAACCUACUGGGCAAGAGGGAUGAGCAGAAACCUCUCAUGAUGACCCUCUCCUGAUGGCCCCAAAGCAGAAGACAUAGAGACAAUGGAGGGAGAGGGCUGUGGCUGGGCCAACAGUAGUGUUUUUGUAUUUAUUAACUGGACUAAAGUUUUUUGAGCGAGACCUCCUUUUGAUCAGACUUUCAGAUCGGGAAAGUAGAUGGUUAGGUUUCACACAAGGACUAAAACAAACUCAAACAAAAUCUACAUUAGGACUAAACUGGGCUCAAACCAGGACUAAAUCAGAACACAGACCACAUGAUAUGACAAUUUUAAAAAAUAUGCUUUUUUGAUGAGAUCACAAUAUUGUAAUUUGUUUAAAGAAGGGGUAUUAUACAAAAUCAUCCUUAAAUGUUUCACUAAUUUAGCAAUCUCUCCCAGGCCCCAGUUGUACCCUCCUUACAGUUUGCUGUAAGAUUCUGUCCAAUGCUCUGCCCAAAAGCCUACAUCACCCAUGACAUAUGCACGCAACAAAUCUCUAUAAAUAUACACAAACAUGGUACAAAACUGUACACAGCAACUUCACAAACCUGAUGUGAUGUGCAGUAGUUUCAUUUUCACAGAGAGGAACGGGAGUGGAAACUGAGAGCGUCAAAAACAAAAGUUAAAUUUAUAUAUGUUAAUACAUUGUUUUCGGUGAAUAGAGCAUUUUCAAAGCUAUCUAAAUAUGUAAUGUGUUAGCAAUUAAUCCCACAUAGAAGUAAAAUACCCCUCUUUAAAGCAGCUCUAUGCUCAAACCCAAACAGUUUCCCCCACCCACUCCUCAUAUUGGUCAGCUUCUAUCAUUUUCAGAGUGAGUGACAGUGGAUGUAACCAAUCACAGUGAAGUAUGAAAUUUCAGAAGGAGCAGAUGGUUUCACAAUGAACCUUAGGUGUGUUUUCUGGUGCAGGGUCUGUUAAACGCUUUGGAGAUGUUAUUGCUUUGUCUAGAAUGUUUCACAGUAUGGCAUUAAACCAUUUUGCUCACAGUCAGAAUGCCUGUUCUUCUAGGUAUUUUUGAGCUAUAAAAGUACUUGUAAUUGAAUAAAUACAAGAUAGAUCUGUUUAAUGUUAUAUUGUGAAACAUUCCAGGUAGAGCAAUGCAGCCUAAUGCACUAAUACAACAUGUGAUAAUACAAUUUAUUAUUUGAGUUUUUGGUUCAUUACAUUUUAAAACUUGCAAAAUGUUUACAUAUUUGGCAGUAAUUAAAUGAAUUGAUUGUUAUUGUGUCUAAUCUAGUUCAAAACUGAGAAACUAAAACCUUACUACAUGGAAUCUAAAUAAAGGAUCUACUUGCUCUGACGCAGAGUACAUCAAGAUAUUUCUGUUAUGAAGAGCUGUGAGCAAUAUUAUUUUGAAUAUAGUUUAGCUCUGAAUGUGAAGACUGGACCAGGGCUAAACCAGGACUAAACCAGGAUUAAACCAGUUCUAGACCACUACAACAGAACCUAACAUUCUCAAACCAGACUAAACCAUACUAGUAAAAGAACCACAAGCACCCAACUGAAGGGCUGUAUGUUGUUCUAAAUCGGUACCAGAUUUCUGGACUGGACCAUCUCAGACUCAAGACUGUUUAAGACUGAAAUGAGACUAAUGCAAUAUUUAAAUACAGAUGGUUAAAAGGUGUUCUGAAAUGUGGUCAGUUCUGAAGGAGGUCUGAAGUGUCUACAUUGUGUUACUGGGAGUCUGCUUUCUACUUAUUUAUUAACCCACACAAUGUUCCGUACAUGUCAGGGGCCAACAGAACAAUACAAACCAACAGUGCCAUGGUGUAGUUCAAAAGAAAAGCCAAAGAAUGUACUUUUAUUAGACUUUAGAAAGUGAAAUAUUUCUCAUGCUUUUGCACUUUAAUA